CCAAGGAUAUACAAAAGAAGUGAAUGAAAUUUUAAUAAAUUUAAGGAAUUUCAAAAAAAAAAUAAACAAAUUUGUGAUUUAAUUAUUAAUAUUUAUAAAAUAUUUUUAAAAAAACAAGCUAUUUAAGAAAAAAAAUAUUUUUGAUAAAAUAUUGAAAAAAAAAAAUUUAAUGAAUAAAAUACUUUAAAAUAUUCAAAAAAAGAAAUUCAAUUUCCUUGAAAUAUAUAUAGUGAUAUAUACAUAGUUACAUAGGUAUAUGCAUGUGUUGCAUUAAAGGAUUAUAAAGGAUACAUAAGUAAACUUGUUGCAUACACCUAUUAAUAUAUAUACAUAUAUUAUAAUAUUGUUAUUUAAAAAAAAAUAGAAAAAAAAAAGAGGAAAUAUAUUAAAUUUAAUCAAAAUGGACGAUGACACUGAUGACAAAGAUGAUACAAAAAGAAAAUCACGUAAUCUUAGCGAGAAAAAGCGCCGUGAUCAAUUUAACCUUUUGGUUAACGAACUCAGUUCAAUGGUUUCAUCAUCAAAUCGUAAAAUGGAUAAAUCAACUGUCCUUAAAUCGACAAUUGCAUUUUUGAAACAUCAUAAUGAAAUCGCUGUACGAUCACGUGUACAUGAAAUUCAAGAAGACUGGAAGCCAUCAUUUUUAUCAAAUGAGGAAUUUACGCAUUUAAUAUUGGAAGCUCUUGAUGGUUUUAUAAUAGUAUUUUCAUCUAAUGGUAGAAUAUUUUAUGCAUCUGAGAGUAUAACGUCAUUAUUAGGACAUUUGCCUAGUGAUUUAUUAAGUUCAACGAUUUAUGAUCUAACCUAUGAAGAAGAUCAUUCUCAACUUUAUAAUAUCCUAUUAAAUCCAGUUCCUGUUAUAGAUCCAUUACAAGGGGGCCAACUUACAACUGAAAACCAAGUAAAUUUUUCAUGCCAUUUGAAACGCGGUGGAUUAGACUAUCGUGAAGAAGUUUCUUAUGAAUUAGUACAAUUUGUCGGAUAUUUUAGGAGUGAUGUAGAUUUAGACAAUAUGUUAACUAAUACUCGAACCUGUUAUCCGGUGGACCAAGAUACAAGACUUAUAUUUGUUGGAACGGGGAGAAUACAGACUCCACAAUUAAUUAGAGAAAUGUCAAUUGUAGAUUCAACGAAGAGUGAAUUUACUUCACGGCACAGUUUGGAAUGGAAAUUUUUAUUUUUAGAUCAUCGAGCACCUCCAAUUAUCGGUUACUUGCCAUUUGAAGUACUAGGUACUUCUGGAUAUGAUUAUUAUCAUUUUGAUGACCUAGAAAAGGUGAUUUUAUGUCACGAAGCAUUAAUGCAAAAGGGUGAAGGAAAAUCUUGUUACUAUAGAUUUUUAACAAAAGGUCAACAAUGGAUAUGGUUACAAACACGAUUCUAUAUCACUUACCAUCAGUGGAAUUCAAAACCAGAAUUCGUAGUAUGUACACAUCGUGUUGUUAGUCAUGCUGAUGUAAUGAAGCAAAUGCGAAAUUCAUGUUCAGGACCGCAAACAACGUCAAGUAUUACCCAACAAAUUAAAGAUUCAAAUCCCGAUGGAUCAGAUAUGUCAGUAACAUCAAACUCGCCGGCUCCUGUCGCAAAAUGGACAAGAAAUUCUAGAACUUCAAAAUUUUCAAGUAAUGUUGGAAGCUCCUCAAGUGCUAAAAGUCGUUCCAGACAUUCAGUAUGUCACGGGAAUGGUUCAGAUUCUACUUCAAUGUCCGCAGAUUCACCAUCAAGUCGAACUUCGGCUGUAACGCAAUAUAGUUCGCGAUCUCGAAUAAGGCAGCAUAGUCAAACACAUCAGAAAAUGUUGUUGCAACAGCAACAGCAGCAACAACAGCAUCAACAACAGCAGCAACAGCAGCUUCAGCAACAUCACUUAGCUGCAGCAACAAUGAUGCAUCAUCCUAUGCAAGCAAGUUAUUCUCCGCAUCCUAUGCAGCUACAACAAGGCUUAAGUCCUAUACCCACUUCAACAGUAAUGGGACAAACAUUUAUUGAACCUCAACAAUAUCUUACCGCCAUACCAGUACAACCUGUGAUAGCUCCUGCUUUUGCUCCAGCACCAAGUGCAGUCUUAUCACCUUUACCAGUGAAUACUGACAUGUUACCAUCUGGUAUGGUAAUGACUCCAAAUCAAUCUCAUGUUCAAGAUCAACUACAACGAAAACACGAAGAGCUUCAAAAAUUAAUAGUCCAACAGCAAGAGGAACUUCGAAGAGUUUCAGAACAAUUAUUAAUGGCUAGAUAUGGAUUACUUCCACAAAUAGUUGAAAGUCCUGUCACAUUUACAAAUGCCUCUUCAUCACAAUCACAACAACAUCAUCAGCAACAACAACAUACACAACAGCAACAGCAGCCACAAGGGAUGAAUCGUAGUUCUGCAUCUUCUUUAUCUGAUCAUCAAAUGCAACAAACAGCAUCGCAAGUAAUGCAACGACAUCAACAUAGUAAUAUACAUUCUGUACAUCCUAGUUCUCAACAUGAUAUAUCAUCAUCAUCAGCAGCUGGUUCAAUGUCAAUCGGUUCUGAUCAUCAAUCAACUAUUGAACAGCAAAUAUCAAAUCAACAUUCACAAUCUCAACAGUCACAACAGUCACAACAACAACAGCAACAACAACAACCACAAAUGGAUCCUAUGAUGAGUAAUCAAUUAUCAUCACAAGAAAAUGAAAUGAUUUCUUAUAUGCAAUUAUCAACUGUAUCAAAUCCACAUAUAACUAAUUUAAAUAUACCAGGAUCUAUGCAAGAUCAACAAGAACAUCAACAACAACAACAACAGCAACAACAACAUUCUUUAAAUCAACGACAAUUACAAAUGCCAAAUGAUUUAGAGAUUUUACCAUAUCAAAUGUCAACUGAACAAUCACAGUUAUUAUUUGGUUCACCAUCAAGUUCAUCACGUCACAGUCAAUAAAAUAUAAAUUAUUGUCUCAGGAAUAAUGUAUUUUCUAUCAUUUUUGAUGGUGAAAACUCAAUUUUUUGGGACUUGGAAUCAAAUUAAUUUUUAACUGAAAUUUGUACUAAAAUCUUAUUAUGAAAACUGUGUAUAGUGCUUUUAUUAUGUUUUAUUUUAAUUUUAAAGAAAAUUUAAAUAAAAAAAUGUUAUUAUUUAAAGCAACAUUUCCAAAUAUUUUGUAAUAUUAUCUAAAUAAUUAAUAAUUAUUAUUAGCUAUGUAUCUAUACUUAAUAUCUAAGUGUAUAAUA